AUGGUGUGUAGCGCCGACGAAUCGGAGAGAGCCGAGCAGGACGAGCUGAGCAAAGAUGUCCUCUUGAUAGUGUUCAAACGGCUUCCUCUCGAUGUCUUGCGCCAUGUUCUCCUCGUUUGCCGACACUGGAGGGUUUCAGCCCUUGACCCGAGCCUUCCUGCAUGGCACACGUUGUCUCCUGAGACUUUCUGCAUGCUCGUCCCUGAACACCAUAACCAUGCCAUCCACAAUGUCGAGCGAGCACGGCAUAGUCACCUUGCGAGCAGGCCUCCUUGUGCAAAGAGCAGAAGAUGUACAGAGCUGAGGGAGGCUGAUCUGCGUACCGUGAGCCACCUCGACAACGAAGCCUUGAUGCAUGUCGCGAAGCACUGCUCUAGGCUGUCGCGUUUGAGGAUACAUGACGUGAUGAGUUUGGGCAGCAAGAUCACCAGCGUCGGCUUGAUUCACCUCACCAGGAUCUGCUCCAACCUGACUUUUCUAGACAUCUCAUACACAGUCUGCUCUGACAAGGCUCUCGAGUAUAUCGGCAACCUCCCUGAACUGCGAUCGUUGCAUAUGCAGGGCUGCUCGAGAAUCAAAGGACAAUCUCUGCCGUAUCUCCUGUCCCAGUGCACCAAGUUGGAGGAGAUCAACCUGUACAGAACGAGCGUCACCGCCUCCAUUGCAGCAAAGCAUCUGUCGAAAGCCAUGAGGACGCGGCCUCUGCGGGUGAAUAUGCUGAAUCCAGACGACCUUCCCAGUGCUGUGGAUCUUUGGUGUGGGAUGUGCAGCAAGAGGUUGUACUCUCGCUUGCAGUCCUACGUGACGAUGCAAGACCCGACCAGCAAGGCCCUUUUUCAUGUCUGUACCAACAUCUCACCUGAGUGGAUGAAUGUUGUCAUCUGCGGAUUGGUUCCAAUCAGAUACAGUUGCAUCAAUCGCUGUCAUGCUGCCUGUGGAGGUUUGAUGAUGUAA